UGUCGCAGGACACAGACAGAAGGAAAGGCAGGAUCGUCGGGUUCGUCAUGUCAGUGAGCAUCCAAGCCAUGCAACCCACACAAACCACGCACACGUGCAGCAAGUCAAGCCACCAUUUCCCCCUACCCCGAUGGGUGGAUGGAUGGAUGGAUGGAUGGAUGCAGACACGGUGUGCGUAUGUGCGUAUGCGCAUGUGGGUGUGUGAGCGAGACGUCAGUAAACGAGGGAGACCAAACCACCCUGACCAGUGAGUUCAUUUGUUCAAGCAGGUCCACCGACCACGUAUCGACAACGACAAAAACACUCAAUCUGUCAGACACAUCCCAUGGCCAAUGCACAGCAGCGGCCUCCCUGCGCCCGAACAGCUGCACAAAACCGCCGCCCCCAUCUCCGCGCGAAGAUGGGGGCGGCGGUGUGGUUCAGCUGUUCGCAUGGAGGAAGUACGCACACUCAUUGGCGGACAGACAUCCACCAGGAAGACAACCUUUUUCCCCACACGACCAUACACACAACACUGACUCCCGGGCAGGAUGAGGGUCCUCACAUGGCAGAGAACGACACGAAAUCGGCGGCCUGUCUGGUCCAGACAUGCCUUCGAUUUGUUGAAGGUCUCUGACAGGCGAGGAGCCCCAUCAACCACCCAUCUCUCUCUCUCUCUCUCUCUCUCUCUCUCUCUCAUCACCAACAACACCUAUCGGCAAGUCGUGUAUCGCCCCCCAACACACGCCCACUGCUGAUGUGGUCCCCUCCCGUGGUUGCGGUCAGGGUGCUGCUCGCCAAGGAGAACCACAACAAGACAAAGGCAUACCUCAUAGAGCCGCACAGAGUCGAUCGAUCAGAUAGGCCUCCGAUUCGUUGUCGGCCUCUCUCGCGAACACCUUCACCGCCACGGCACACGGACGAGCGCGUGGAUAUAUCUGAGCAACUUCAAGUUCAUAUCACCACAAGCCACCACCCCCACAAGCCCGCCCUGCCGCCUUCGUGUGAGCCCCGGACACUGAGGGAAUGGACACCACACACACACAGCCAGCGAGAAAAAGAAAUCUCUCUUCUCGGCGACGAACCGCUGCCAGCCAGUCCUCCCUUGUCUGCCGCCUCACUGCUCGUGCGAUGUCACUCCAUGGGGGUGAGAUGGGUGCAUGGGCAGCUCAACAGGGCCGGGAUGGGGCGGCUCGUCGUCGUCGUCAUCGGGUGCGCCUUGCCGCCUCCAGAUCUUCGAGAUGUGAGAGAUGCGGCCGCCUCUUCGAUGAAAUAUGAGUUGAUCUGGCCAACAAACUCGGCUGUACGAGUCAGUUAACGGCUGUGGUGCGAUGUAGUGUAGGACGGGAGAUGACGCUUUCCUCCACUUCCUUUUGCGAGCUUUCCGUCCCUGAGCUCGCCCCUUUUUCGGCGUUUUCAAGCAGCGUGAGUGCCCUGGGACGCUGGUGUGCCAAGCAGAUGGAUAAACGAUGACAUUUGGAUGACAUUCCAUCCAUCUGUGUCUGUGCUUUCGUGUCAGCGUUGUUUGAGUCAGUGGCUCCGGAGGGCAGGCUCAUCGUCAACUGCUGCCCGGAAUCUGCUGGCAUCUGCCAGAGGUAUGUCGGUUCAACCGCACACUGAUGGGAUGGAUGGAUGGAUGGAUGGAUGGCGUGGAUGGUGCAGGUGGGCGGUAGCUUGCGAGAUGUUUCAGACGACAUAGCCGAGCAUCACAUAGAAAUCAUGUCUGAGAGGGACACACAGGUGAGGCACCAGGCAGCGCAAAGGUGUGAUUGUGCCAUCGCCUGUUGCUGCCGGUUUCUCAGGGGCAGAGCCGUGGUUUGGCGGCCUCAGCUGGUGGUGGUGCUGGUGGCGGUGGUGGGGAGGAGGAGGACAGUGUAGCUGCGGCCGAUGGCGAAACGGUGAGACCGGCCAGAGGCAAUGACAGACAGACAGACACACUCACCCCUGUCGCUCCCUGUGUGUUGUGCAGGUGCUCAUGUUGGUGAUGCCCUUCUUGCCGCUCCACAUCCUCGUCCCUCUUCCCCUGCGGCUGCCCAAGAGCGCCAACCUGCUGUGGGAAGAGGCGGCAAUCAGCCACACACGGCUCUUCAUAGACUGUGCAGCCAAAGCUGACGACCAGUACUGGCAUUCGCCGACCGAGGGCCGCGUGUUUUGGCAGCGCAUCCCCUCCCUCUUCGUCAAGCGCGUAGCGGCACGGCUCACCGGCCUCACCGAGAUCACCCUCUGCCACCCUCCGUACCCCCCUAGGUGGGGUACUGACGUGUUGGUCUCCGUCAUUGAGACCACGGCCGCCCCGCCCGCCCAGCCCGACGCACAGGCAGACGCCAGCCGGCUGGAGACCAUCGCAUUCGAGAAGGUGCAGCUGAGUGAAGCGGAUCAGCCGCUGAAGUGGCAGCAUCCCACUUUCCCUCCCCUCGCCGAGCCCCCCACCAUCUCUCUCCCGUCGCUCAAGGCCGUCACAGGAGCCGCCGGAGAGCAUGGUGUCCUGGCCGACAGAGGGUGGAGGGUGCCGUCACUAGAGCGCCUGGAGCAGCAGCGCUGGCGUGCGGACCAGUUGGGCCGCUUCAUCAGCUCGUCACGGUCGCUGCAGCACGUCGGCGGGAGUCUGUCGGAUGAUGGGUGGGCCAGUGUGUUUGAGCGCAUGCCUGAGGCCGCUGCUGGACAGCCCGGGCCACUUGCACGUCUGCAGAGUAUCGGCACCAUCGAGCUGCGCGACAAUCCUGAGGCGGCCCGUGAAGCGAUCGCCAGACUGCAGGUACGCAGCCAGCAAUGGAUGCCGUUGGUGCAAUAUAGGUCACGUCUGGAUGUGAUCUUCCUGUGUGCAGGUGGCACUAGCGUCGCGUGGCUCCCGCCGGUCGCUCACUCAGCUGAGCGCUGCGAUGAGCUUUUACAGGUUCGACAGCAGUGUCCUUCCCCUCAUGCAGUCCCUCGAGUCGCUACACAAGACGUGCUGCAGAGCCGACGCCCCAGUCGUCUUCGAGGGCCGAUGGGUCACCAACUUCGACCUGUCGCUCUUCUACAGCGACGACCUUCCCGCCAACCCCUCGCCCCUCUUCAGGAAGGCCAUGCAGGCGGCCGCACAAGGAGCAGACUGGGUGGGCUACGUCAUCAGCGAGCACAACCUCACCGACCCCGUCGACAGCCCCAGCAAGGCCGCCAUCGAUGUCGUCGAGAGCCUCACGUUCAAGAGGGUGACGACUGUGGCUGUCCGUAAUGCCAUGGCCUUUGUCCCCCCUCCCAACAUCCCGUCACCCCGUCCCACCAUCAUCAACCACCUGCAGCAGUUCCCACGCAUCGCGGGAUUGCUGUACAUUGGCAGCCAUCUGGGCGGUGAAUCGGGUCGGCUGCUGGCACAGAAGAUGCCCACUGAGUUGAGGAACGUGGAGUUCGGGAGCGCUGUGAGCGCACAGGACCGAAAGGCCGUGUUGGAGGGGCUGGGCAAGGGAGGCAAGUGCGCGACGUCAAUGUCGGUCAAUGGGGGCCAAUCCCCGAGAAGAUCAGGCUCACGGACGGCCCCUUCGACGGCUGGUCGUCGGAUAGCUUCCCCUUGAUUCACACCAUAGAGAUGCCCCUAUGGGGUACGCACGCACUCACAUGGAGGGUGGUUCAGCUUACGUGUGCAUCAUUGCCGUGUGUGUGUGUGGUGUUCCUCAGUGUUCGACGAGCUGGAUCCCUCUGCUGCUGCUAAGACCAUCCGCAAGGGCAUCUCGUCCGUCGUCGGUGCCGUGCGAGGCCUGGAGUGUUUCUCAGUGCGUGUGCAAGGCGACGGGGCCGUUCACGACGCCCUUGGGCAGCUGCUCCCAACCGGCACGAUGACCGGCUCCAAGACGCCCGGUCAAGCCAAGAAGGAGCAGCCCCACUACCUUCAACCCACCAAGUCGUCGUUAGCGAAGGUGCAACAGGCCAAGAAGAAGGGCACGAUGAUUGGCUACAGCUUCACCAUCGACGCAGAGGACCUCGGAUGGCAGAUUGAGGUGACUGCAAGGCGCCUCUCUUAGAGGGUGAGCGGCAACAGGCAGAGCACUGCAUCCAUCGCCCUCACAAUACGAGUGUGUGUGUGUGUGUGUUCAGGUCGUGUGUCGAGCCAGUCGUGACACAACAGCACCGUGCCGUAGCACUCACAUCCCAUCCGUCUGUGUGUGCGUCUGUAUAGCUGUGUGUAUGUCUGUGUGCAUAGAGGGAGGGUGCGUCGGUGUGUACCGCAUGGCUGCUUCGUCGAUGGAUGGAUGACUGGAUGGGUGGGUGGAUGUGUGCAGACACGGCGUGCCUGCAGUCCUGCGUCUGUGCGUCUGUUUGCCGGCAAUUAGCAGCAGGGAGUGAGGAGGUCUUACAGGACACAUUUUUGCCAGCAUUUUGCCCAACUGUUGGCAAAAUGUGUGCCUAUUGUCCUGCUCGCUUUCUGCUGCUGCUCAGCCGACCCUCUCUCCCUGUCUCUCUGUCUGGAAGCAGAGGGCACACUGCCGGCAGACAGACGGACCGACGGGCUGCAUGUCGGCGUGAUGGGUAGAGUGUUGGAC